CUAAAUGUGAGUUAUAUUUGCUUAGGCACGAGGAAGAGCGACGCAGACGUGAGGAGGAUAUGAUGCGUCAUAGAGAGCAGCUUGACGUGAGACGCCAGCCGGAGGGAUUCAAGCCCAGCUUCAUGGAGAGUAGAGAACAGGAGAUGAGAAUGAAUGAAAUGGGAAGCCGUGGAGCCAUUAAUAUGGGAGAUUCAUUUAACCCUGUCGCUGCGGUUAGCGGUAACCCUUCACAGAUGGGCUUAGCAGGCCGAGUUGGAGCCAUGGGGCCUGAAGGAUCAUCAAAUAUGGGGACUCCCCUAAUUCCAGAUAAUGGAGUGAUGCAUAAGGAUCGGUUUUCUGAAGGAUCGCCUCUUCAGAUGGGUUCGUCUGUGGCUGGGCGAUCUGGUGUCGACUCUCCUCAGCAGCAGCAGGUGGUUGGGGCAGGACCUGUUCCUGGUGUGGCUGGCCAAAGUGGCUUUGCGAGAGGAAGCCCAGUAGGGGGAAACUUUGAUGGGCCUAAUAACAAACGACGUAGAUACUAAUAUUUAUUUUCUCUGGUAAUUGUGCUUACACAUGUUCAGGUUGAAGCAGCUUGACUCAUGAUUAAUGAUAUAUUCUCCUUCUCAUUGCUUUUUUCUGAAGCAGCAUUUAUGUCUAACAUGGACAGAAAUUGCAUGAGUCUGGCCCUGUGUUAAUGUGAAACACUGUCAUAAAUUAUUAAAUGUCAUUGAAGCAACUUGUACGUAACAAUAUCCUAAGCCAUUUGUAGAUUACUUACUACUACCGUAGUUGUUUCCUUUUUUUAGUUAAAUACUUGAAAUUAAGCCAUGUUUUUUUUAAAGAAUGUUCAGAAGUUUUCUGCUUUCUGUUUUAGAAUGUCAGUCCUUUGAAUAAAAAUGUUUUAAGAUAACUGCAUUAGUGUUUGAGUCACAGAUUUGAAAUAGAUUUCCCAGUUGUCACUAUUGAGUAACAUCAUUCCACUUGAUCAAGUCAUGCGUCUGAUGGCAGCAGCAUCUUCCACUAAUUGUGCCGGGCAGUGAUGCACUGGGAAGAAGUAGUUGUAUUCUGUUUAAAUAGCCUUAAACACAAAGAACUGGGUAAUGCUGAUCUUCUGGAGCACAGAGAAGGUCUUUGUAGUGUGGCACACGCAGAUGAAGGAACCUUGAAGGUGAACGUUCUGAAGUUGGUGCUGAGGGCCCUGACAAUAUGAAACAUGCAGAUGUUCCUUGAAGAGAAGGUUUUUUUGUGAAGGGCAUAUGCUUGUUGUUGCUGCGGUCAUUGUUUCCAAAUUCGCCGAAGUUUCACCUUUCCUGAGCAGAAGGGAUUUGCAAAUGGGCAAACAUGGUCUUUGAACGUCUAGAGCACAACAGCUCUUUCCAGAAUGUUGAAGCGUUCUUGGAGGCUCUCAUCCGGACCUCACAGGUAUGAUUUCAUUAAUAAGAUGGCAAGCAUUCUUUUGUGUGGAGAAAAAGGGGAAAAAAAUUAAUCAA